AUGUCCACGGAUACGAUGUACUUCAACAGCUCGCGGCUGAAACAGUCCGCGGGCAAGAAUAAGACCAACUAUUUACAGAAACCUGAUAAAAGACGACACGGGUCCAAUAAGAAGAACAAAGUCCGACAGGAAGGGGCAACUGGAAAUGAUGUACCUCUGCCUAUGCCACAGGCCUUACCAAAUGGUGAAAAGCCUGAUUUUGGCAACUCGAGCAAGAAGGGUAACAAAAACCAAGGUGACCGCAGACCAGCUUCGAAGAAAACCGACAGGGAUGCCGACAAGCUUUCCCAAGAUCUUCAAGAAAUGCUGUCAGUGACCGACACGAAUCGUAAAAAAGAGGUGCUUCCUAGUAAAGGUGAAAGCUCUGUAUCUAACGGUUCUCCUCAGCUGCUUACGCCUCAGUCCAUGCCAACUUCUGGUGUUUCUCCUGGUGUUUCUCCACUUCCUAUUUUUUGCCCACCUCCACUAAGUGUUUCACCACUUCCUCUUCAUCCGGGACUUUAUCAACAUCCAUAUCAGCAACACGCACAGCAGCUGCAUCCGCAGCAAUCAUUUAAUGGUCCGAUUCCGGGAUACCCAUACUCUGGACCUCAGCCUCCAAACUACGCUUUAUCAUCUGGUGGCUUGCCCAACUUCACUACUCCCCAAGCUGCAUUAAUGAACCCAAUGCAACAUCCAAUGAAUUACUUCCCCGUGCCACAUCCAGCAAUGGCAACCCAGGUUCCGCAUGCUCAACCUUACAACUACAAUUUACCGCAAAAUCACCAAAUUCCAUCUCAAGGGCGAACUGCACCUUCUUCUUCGGGCAGUAGUUCUUCGAGUAAGCGAAGUGGUAGUGCUUCAAAGAAGCAAAGUAACAGAAAAUCCAGUGGUAGUGGUGGAUAUGCUGGUGCGUCUUUCGCCACUAGUGUCCCUGAGAUUACAAAUUUACCCAAACCAAGUUUUGCGUGA